AUGGACAGACAGAACCUGUUCAUUGGUUGUCAUGCCAAAAUUGAAGGAAUUGGCACGUCCUACGGAUAUGUCCCAACCCUUGGAGCCGGAAUCGCCUAUUGCGUUCUUUUCGGAGUAUCGAUGAUCUUACACACGGCUCAGUUCUGCUGGACGCGAACAUGGUGGGCAUCUGUCUUCAGCAUCGGAUGCCUUGUGGAAGUCAUCGGAUGGGCCGGUCGAACUUGGUCCGCUGAGUGUCCAUACAACUCGACGGCGUUCCUGAUGCAAAUUUCCACCCUAAUUAUCGCUCCAACAUUCUUUACCGCUGGUAUCUAUGUCAUCCUCGGCCGGUUCAUUCAAAUCCUAGGCCCCGAGUCCUCCAUCCUCCGACCAAAUCUAUAUCUCUGGAUCUUCUGCACCUGUGAUGUGAUAUCGCUUGUCGUCCAAGCAAUUGGUGGUGGCUUGGCCUCUGGCCAAGCAGGUAAAAUCGGCGGCAACACGGCCCCUGGAACCCACACCAUGGUGGCCGGUAUCGUCUUUCAACUAUUUUCCAUAACCAUCUUCGUUAUUUGCGCUGCAGAUUUCGUCCGUCGCUGUAUACGUCUCCGUCUCCUGCAGAACUUGACCGGCUCCGCUAUCCCUCUUUUCGCCGCGACGAUCCUCUCCGUGGUUUGCAUCUAUAUCAGAAGCAUAUAUCGUACGAUCGAGUUGUCCCAGGGUUGGUCAGGCUAUCUGAUUACCCACGAAAGCUAUUUUAUUGCACUGGACGGUGCUAUGAUGAUUGUUGCUGUCGCGAUCUUCAACAUUCUUCACCCCGGUUGGCUUCUUCCUCAAAACCGGAAUUCUUCGAACAAGCGGGGUGCUUCCUCUGUUGAUGAGGUCGAGCUGAACAAUUCCUUCGAGCAGAAGCAUGGCGUUUAG